AUGAAACCAAGAGUGAUUCUCACCUGCCUGGCAACGUUCUACUGUGGCUGUUUGGCCUCAGAGCUGUCUUUCCUGCUGGAGCCAAGUGAUGUGAUCGCGGUAAGGGAACGCCCGCUUAUGCUCGACUGUCGGGUGCAGGGUGAAGAACCGAUCAUGGUUACAUGGCGUAAAAACGGGGUGCCUUUACCCACCAGCCAGCGGGUUCAGGUGCUGGCAAAUGGCACGUUGGUCAUCCAGAGCUUCCAGAAACGCAAAGAAGGGAGCGACGCGGAUAUGGGCGAGUACGACUGCGCUGCCCAAAACCGCUAUGGCAUGCUGGUCAGCCGCAAGGCCAAAGUCCUUUUGGCAUCUCUUCCUAAGUUCCACACCCACCCACUGUCCAUGACUGUGGAUGAGGGAAGUGUCGCUCGCUUCCAGUGUCAGAUCAACGGAGUACCUGAGGCCAAAAUCACCUGGGAGAAAGACCGAGUACCACUCAACAACACUGACAACAGAUACACUCUCCUGCCAAUGGGUAUUCUCCAGGUGACAGGCGUGAGGCAGGCGGAUGCAGGGGUUUUCCGCUGUGUCGCCACCAACCCUGCCAACACUCGCUACAGCCAUGAGGCCAUGCUCAACAUCACUGGUGGAGCACUAAGAACCUACAAGGAGCCGGUCAUCCUGUCAGGACCCCAGAAUCUGACCAUUACUGUCCAUCAGACAGCCAUCCUGGAGUGCAUUGCCACAGGAAACCCAAGGCCAAUUGUUUCCUGGAGCAGGCUAGACGGACGCUCCAUUGGGGUGGAGGGUAUCCAGGUUCUGGGGACGGGGAACCUGAUGAUCUCAGAUGUUUCCCUGCAGCACUCUGGUGUGUAUGUGUGUGCUGCCAAUCGGCCCGGCACCAGAAUGAGACGUACUGCACACGGACGACUCGUGGUACAAGCUCCUCCUGAGUUCCUGCAGUGGCCGCAGUCUGUUUCCAAACCAGCAGGGGGCAGUGCUGUGUUCACCUGUGUGGCCCAGGGCGUCCCCGAACCUCACCUCAUCUGGCUGAAGAAUGGCAAGGUCCUGAUGCCCGGACACAACGUCAAGCUGACCAAUAACAACAGCACUCUGGCUCUGACCCGUAUCAGCUCAGAGGACGAGGCUAUCUACCAGUGCAUCGCUGAGAACAGUGCUGGCACUAACCAAGCCAGCGCCCGUCUAGCCGUGGCCCAGGCUAAAGACCUGCCCGCCACCCCCCAGGGCCUCACAGCCAUCGGGCUGUCCACCAUUGCCCUGCAGAUCACAUGGAACCAGCCACCCGCCAACGUCACCGACAGCAUCAUCGGAUACGUCCUGCACAUCCGCAAAAUAGGGGAGCCUGACAGUCUGGAGCUGCAGGAAGCCAUCAGUAAAGAUACCUUCCAGCAUGAUGUGACCAACCUGGAACCAGCCACCACCUACUCCCUCUACCUGAAGGCCUACUCUCCUCUGGGAGCCAGCCAGCAGUCCUACACGGUGGUGACUACAACACUAGGGGGUGUGCCGACCCCUCCCACCUUCUUCACCAAGGUAAUAAACUCCAGUGCCGUGCAGGUCCUCUGGGAGCUCCCCAGUAAGGCCGGCAAGGCUGAGGGCUUCAGGCUGUCCUACCGCAGGGUCCCUCACGCUGACUUCGAGAGGCCAAUCCAGUUGCCCUGUCACAUCAAUGCCCACACCAUCUCUAAACUGGAAUCGGGUGCAGUGUAUGAAGUCAAACUGGUGGCCUACAAUGGAAACGGGGAGAGUGACUGCUCCAAGAGACUGGUAUCGCUGGCAGAGGAAGGCAUGAGUGACCAAGCCAGUGGAGGGGACAGUCUGUGUCAGUGCAGGGAUGGAGAGGCCUCUCUUGGCAGCAUCGUAAUUGGCAUCCAUAUUGGCACCGCCUGUAUCAUCUUCUGUGUUCUCUUUCUCAUGUUUGGAUACCGUCGCAGUCUGUUUUGCAGUAAAGGGACUCAGGACAGCUGGUCUCUACCGAGGGACAACACAGGACACAAUGGCAUUCCUAAAGAUGGAGCAAACCACCCCAGAUUGGAGUCAGUACCUCAGGGGAUCUGUUCAGCGCAGUACCAGGUUGUCAUUGAGCAGCACUUGUCAGGUUUGCCUGGCACAGACACUGGCUAACACUGGUCAAUAACAUCAACACCCACAUCUCUGUCUUCCCCUCCAAACGUCUGCUACUCACCCAAGCCUCCCAUCAAUGAGCACCUUCUGUGCCCUAUGAUAGGGGUCAGUCAUAGGUUUAGUCAACCAAAACCUGCUGCUAAUAGCCUGAAAGUAGCCUCCACAAAACUGUGACAGAGUACUUAUAUCCUGGUCCUUUUGCCACCCCAUCCCCUUCAUCCUACCUCAAACCAAAGCGUAUUGCCUUUAUUGCCUGUGCACAUGCACAUGUGCAUGUAGAAAAAGCCUUCAAAAAGCAUUGCCACUGUAGUUGAGGACCUGUCACAUUAUUUUUCUGUGUACACCACAAACACAUGUCACUUUUCGAGUGGGAGUCUGUUCCAUAACCAAAAUAUUUCAUUCCUCAGAUCUCCUCUGGUAAGCUGACAUGUGAACAUGUGCACUAUGGUCUUAAAACCAUAAAUUAAGCCAUUAUUAGUCUGUUGUGACAGAACUCUUGACUUUGCCUUCAGGUCCUUUGCAAUAAGAAAGGGAAGAAACACAGUGGCCUUAUGAAGGAGAAAGUCUGAUUAGAAAUGAUUGUCUAUCACCAUACAAGCCAUUUAGAGGAACCAUUUAAACAGGCAUUCUUUAGUCAACUCUUCCUCACCCAAACAUCCCAAAGAAAGCUACUUUGUUCUGAAAGAAUGUCUGAGCCAUAGUUAAGGCCAAUUUUAGCCUGAUUGUGCUGCUUGUGCUAGCCUACCUCAACCAAUACCUACUGAAACCUUCCCCUUCAGCAACUACUUCCCCAACCACUGCCAGUGUACUGUGCCAGUCGCCAACCAGGCCAGUCCAGAGAGUGCUCACCAGGAUGACUACCAGGGAGAGCAUAACUGUGGCAGAGCCUGAAUUCCACUGCCACAAGCCUAAGCCUUACUGUACCAGAGACCGACAAGAGCCUUAACAACCUCCUAUUCAAACCAGGUCCCUUUUUGUUUCCGUCAACAUGUCUAGUAUUUUGAAUGUUGAAAUCUUCAACUUUUCUGACAUCAGAAGACAUCAAGGAGGCCAUGUAGUGUUGCCUAUGGCUUUCAAAUACCCACGAGUGUCCAUCUCCAAAGACAUAUUUGUGAAGAGGAUGUAGCUCAUGGAAAAUAUGGACCUCAAAGAGUGCUUGGUGAACAUUUAAGCCAUGCAUCGGAUUUUUUCCUAUGAAGUACAUCAAAGAAAACAAGUUCAAACUAGCCGGAUGCUUGUUUGAUCUGCACAAACCUGAUGGCACACCGAUGAUAAGCCAAAAAAUUACUGUUUGAGGCCACACUGCCAAGUUAACUCUCCAGAUGCCAAAUUGGUCACCCUGGGACCUUGAAGACACUGAGUUGGCGGGGAAAGAAGUUUUAAGGUGAUACUUGCCUGAAUGCACGGACAAGGCUUGUGCUUCACCGUGUCAGCCUAUCCAAAAAGUUCUUCUAUGAAAACCAAGCUUAAUGAUACCCAAAGAUGUAAACAUUUUGAUGGUUUUCUUUAUUUUCCUUUGAACAUUAUUUUAAGAGAGACUACAUUUACUCAAAGUUUUGGAUUGUUCCUGUUUGAAAGGGGUCAUCUGUGUGUCAAGUGCUUUAACUGAACCCAAGCCAAAAAAAUUCUCAUGAUUUCAUUAUCAUUUUUUAAAUAAUAUCUUUCAUUUCCUUUAGUUUGGUCAUUCCAGAUGCACCCCUUUAACAUGGAACUUUUUAUUUUGUUGAUCGUAACAUUUAACUUUUAAAGAGUAACCAAAUGUCAGAUAUUUUGAAAUACUUUCUAUGUCAAUACUAAAUACUAAGAAAUACUUGCUUUCUUUUUUUAAAGUAGUUGAAUUCUUGCCAAAUAUUUAGCUAAAGAAAUGUGUAACCAAAUACCUCUACAUUUUAAACAUUCAGAGUCUUUACCUUUACACUUGCUCAUAACCAAAGCACAGCAACAUGCUUGUGAGCGUGAUAGUAUACAUGUGUGUGAAUGGCUAACAAUAGGAGAACCUUGAGGGCAGCAGCUAUGAGAAGAAACCACAAAUUUAGAUUCAAAGAGUUGCUUUUGACCCAAGUUGUUUUUUACAUAGCUCCCAAAGAACACAACUACAUUUAAAGUCCAGCUGAAAUUGAAUUCCACGUUUCCCUUUGAAAAGAAAAUCAGUCCCCAAAAAGAAAUGAGCUUUUCUUAUGUAUCUCUAAAUACCCUUUUUUCUUCCUCUCCAUGAUGGAAAACCAUAGCAAUACAAUUUAAAAGUCACUUCGACAUCAUUUUUGACUUUAAAAAGGGAUGAUUGAUUGUGAUUUCAGAUGGACUUUAAAAAGGUUUCCAACUGAAAACAUGAAAAAAUGCUUGGAACCAGGAUAUCAAGCAUGAAAAGUUGACUUGAAUCAUUAACCAAAAGUGUGUGUUGCUUUUCUGGCCCUCAAGGUUUACCUUAACCCUUUUAUCAGUGUUUCAAUUUUCCUCAAAGAAAAGACAGGGGAUUUCCCCCUCAUCUCCUCUCUGUCACAACUGAAAGCUGUUAAAUUAAUGCGAUACCAAAAAGUGUAUUUGAUAUGGAAGACCUAAAAAGUCAACGUGUUUUUGUAGUGUGAAGUGUGUAGCGGUUAAACUAGUUUUUAAAAUGGAAAGCAUUUGCUGCUUCUGUUUGAAAUGAUUCAUUGCUCUGCCUCUUUUCAUUUGAGUCUUUUGUUCUUCCUGCUGUGCACAGGAAAAGUUGCCAAAGCAAAUGUUUGCUUUUUUUAAAGUUUAUUAUUGUUAAUUAUUAUUAGAUCUGAUAACAUUAAUUAUGAUAAUUUCAAAUGUUUUUGUUUGUUUGUUUUUUUACGUGUAAGAAUGAUAUGAAAAUGAUUGUUAGGAUUACUUUGUGAUGUUCUUUGAGCAAGUGAUGUGAGUUUUCCAGAGAUACUAAAUUUAAGGCUGGAAAGAUUUUGAAGCCAAACUCACGUUCUGCCCUGGAGAGCCAGUGACUAGAAGAAAAAGAACCACAAAAAAGGAAGAAAAAAAAGGUAGGAAAGUAGAAACUGGCUGCUAGUACCAAGGAGAAACAAUGCUUUAAUGAUUAUAAGUGCUUCUCUGUUCUCUAAGCUUUCCACUGGUGUAUUGAUGCCCACUGAAAACCUAAAGCUUUAAACCUGUUGUGACUGGGGUACUGUCCUUGGUCUUUGGCCAAAAUAAAAAGGUUGGGAGAUAAAGGAUUGACUGGAGAUAAGCUGCAGCUGGAAACAGAGACCAAGCUGGGACUUGGAAGCCUUUCACAUUACAUGUUUUUUAUAUGGUACAUUCACACAAAAAUGUCAGUUCACGCAAAUGACAAAAAACCCUAACCAUAGUUAAUUUACUAAGGUUACCAAGGUCUGUCAUCAACCUGGUUCAGUGGAAGUGAAUGGAAUCUUUGUAGCUUAAAAUUGGACUAUUUAACUAAAAAAGAAAUAGGAAUUGUUUUGAAUGAAUUCAUAAGGGAUAAAACACACCUUUGCUUAAUUGAUUAUACAUAUGUCUUACUUUGCAUGGUAUGGCCAGUAGUGCAUGGUGGAAAUGUAUGUAACUUUAAAUAGAGAUUGCUGCGUUACUGGCAUUACUUAGUUAGUUCACUGACUAAUCUCUACUUGUGCUUCUGUUACACUGUGUUGGAGCAUUGUAUCCCGUAAUUUACCACUUGUGGCCACUGUGUUCAGCAAAAGUUACAUAGGUUAACUUUAAAACGUUUAAAAAAUAUUUGAAAAACUCUACAGCAGUUGUACUUUCUACUGUCUAGAUACACUAAAGGGUAAGAGGGAAAAUGUGUCUUUUUGUGAUUUGUUUGAACUGACCCUUAAAUGUUGUUUAUUUAUUUAUUUAGCCUGAAGGCCCCUGUUGUAAGUCUUUAAGUUGUGAAGGUAAUUACAAGACAACACCAGUACUUUGCAAUAGAAACUGUGGCGCUCAUAUGACAAACUUCUAAUAAAUUGCAUAUUUACUGUCAGUUAAUAUCCUGAUGGUACUUAGUGUCCAUAAGCUACUCUUCUUUGUAGCAAGGUAUUGUUUCUGUUGAUAGCUGCAUGUAGAUAAAAGUGUAUGAUAAUGGACACAGAACAAACAUGACUGUAAAGCAAAAGUUGGUGUAAAAUUGUACCUUUUUACAUGAUUAUUAAAGCAUGAUAGUUUAAACUAAGAAAUAUUUAAGAGAAGAGCUAAACGUAUCUGCUAACAUGUGAUAGCAGCAUUCUUUAACUCUCUAAUUAGUGCCAAACAGCUUGGUCUCUGUGUGACUGCAGACUGCUCUAUCUGAAUGUCUGCACUUUUUCUCCUUCCUUGAUCACAUUCCAACAUGCCUAAAACCAAAUAA